AUGGCUGGACGGAUGAAGACGUGGUCCCGCAAAGGAGGCACGCAGCCCUCGGGCCCAGGCUCCAGUUUGACAGCCACCGUCAAUGUCCGACAUUUUCUUCGCAAGGUCUUCGACGAACUUGGAGUCCGCACAUUCCUGGAUGUGCCUUGUGGAGACAUGACCUGGAUGCCCGCAGUCAACCUGACGGGCGUUGAGUACAUGGGUGGUGACAUUUCCGCAUCGUUGGUGGCAGACAACCUUCGAUCCUUCGUGUCGGAUCCAAGGUUCGCCAACAAGUUUGCGGUGUUCGACAUCACUUGCAUGAUCCCACCUAAAGUCGACAUGAUCCAUACGCGUGAUGUCUUCAUCCACCUCGACUCCGAUUUGUCCGUCAAGGCCUUACAAAACUUCGAGAGAAGUGGCUCCAAGUACAUUGCCAUCCCACAUUGGCCUUCAUUGAAUGGGUCGUCGAACGAGUACCAUCCCAAGGGGAAUGCUUAUCAAAACUUUCAUCAGUUCAAUUUGGAGCUUCCUCCUUACUGCUUGCCCUCCCCUCUUCUCUCGGUUCAGAAUCGCGAUAAUAGAGGCGAUGUGCUUGGAUUGUGGGAGUUGCCUGCCCUUGGUCGCGGCACGCGUCCUGAAUGCCGACAGUCCUGA